AUGGUGCAGGAACUGAGCAGCCGCCAGCAGCACCAGGUGGCCGCGGCACACCAGAAGCUGCAGCAGAACGUGGCCCAAGACGAGCAAGAAGCCAUGCGCUACGAAGCCCGCUUCUCGUCCCUGGAGCCCUCCGUGCAGCAGCUGAGGGAGGAGCUCGAGCAGAUGCGCGAGCUGAUGAGCCGCAACGGGACCGACUGCAAUCGCCGCUGUGAGGAGGCGGAGGAGAUGUGCAACAAGCGCCUCCAGGGGGUGCAGGAGGCCGCGCUGAGCGCAGCGCGGGAGCUCUGGGAAGAGCACCAGGGUGUAGUGGCGGAGUGCAAAGCAUCCCUUGCUGCACUGCAGCAGAUCCUGGACUCCAAGGACAAGAUCGCCACCCAGCUUCGGUCCCUGCAGCAGCAACAGCGCGAGGAGGACAAGCAGGAGUUCUGGACGCAGUUCCAGAUGCGCCACGAGCACCUUCAGGCCAAGCUGGCAGACGCCGAGCGGGCGCUGUCGGCCGAGCAGAACGCGCGCAUCGAGGAGCAGCAGCGUGCGGAGGGCGUGGUGUCCCGCCUGGGCCUGGCGCUGGAGAAAGCCCAGGCGUCGUGGAUCAAGGAGUCUGCGAAGCUGGCCGAUCAGAUCCACGAAGCGAAGCGGGACUUCAGCAUUGACCUGGAUGGAGAGACCAAGGGCGUCGCAAGGCGACUAGCAGACGGCCUGGAGGUAGCGCAGAGACAGAUUGACGACCUGGACCGCAAGAUCCUGGCGGCCCAGGGAAACCUCAGCGCCGUGUCGGAGCGCCUGGAGUCCGCGGCCCGGGCGCAGAACUCGGAGCUCAGGGACUCAGAGGGCCGCGUGAUGCGGCAGGUGAGCGAUGUGCAAACCAUCCAGACGGGCAAGACGCAGCAGGCCGUCUUCGACAUGAGGGCCGAGCUGGCCAAGUUGGACCAGGCCAUGGCGUCCCAGGUCAGCUCCCUGCGGCAGGCCCAGGAGGAGACCGAGGCCCGGGCGAUGGCGGCGGUCACCGCCUUGGAUGCCCGAGCGGCCCAGCGGCUACAGGACUCUCUGGACUACGAGCGCGAGCGCGGCCGGCAGGAGCAGGUGCGCCUCGUGGAGGAGGAGCGCGGCCUGCGCCUUCGCGCGGAGGCGGAGCGCGUGGCCUCCCUGCAGAAGCGGCUCAAGGCGCACGAGGAUUCAGUUUCGCAACACUUCCAGGGACUCAAGCAGGACCAGAUCGUCACCAUGACGCAGCUGCGGGAGCGAGUGGACGAGGCUAAGCGGGAGCUCCUUGAGGACGUGCAGACGGCCGAGGACCGGCUGGUGCGAAGGUUGGAGGAGCAGCUCGAGCUCGAAAGGAACAAGACGCGGGAGCAGAUCGAGGCGUUCAUUGAGGAGGAGCGCUCUGAGCGGAUCAAGGCUGAAUCAGAGCGGCUGGGCUCGCUGCAGAAACGGCUCCAGGCCCAUGAGGACCUCACCACUCAGCGGUUGGCAGAGCAUCGCCAGCGCGCCGAGGCUGAGACGGGGACCCUGCGACGGGCGCUCGAAGCACAAGCACUCCAGGACAAGCAGGACCUGCAGAAGGAGUUCCAGGACUUCGCGCUGGAGCAGCGGCAGGCGACGAGCUCCUUGUCCGAGGAUGUGGGAAAUCUGGCAGGCGACUGCAUGAAGCUCAAUGAGAACCUGGACGCUCUUCAGCGCGCCACCGACCAAAGGUUGGCGGCCGAAGGUGCUGCCUUGGCCGCGCAGCUCAGCGUGGCGGCGGCCGGGCUUACGGCGUCGCAGCAGCGUGCCACGGAGGCGCUCAAUGAUGCCCUCAAGCAACACAAGACGCAGCUGACGGACGACGUCGCGAAAGUCAGUGACGAGCUCGACAAGAUGAAUGGCGAGAUUCUCAAGCUCAUCGACGACGAGUCCAACAAGGUGAAGGAAGGCCACGCGGCCAUCGAGAGCCGCAUCGCCACGUUGGAGAUGGCCUUCACGGCUCGCACCCAGGCCCUCGGGGAUGUGGAUGCGCAGCUGUCAGCGAAGCUGGACGACGUGGUCGCAGCGAGCCAGGAGGCGAUGGAGAACCUCCGAGACGCGUUGUCGGCGGAGACUGGGAAGCUGGUGGAGCGCUUCGGACAGGUGCAGGACGACGUGCAGUCAAUUGAGGCGGAGGUCCUGCGCCGGUGCGAAGACAUGGGCGAGGCUCAGGCCGAGUCGAAGCUUGCCCAGGAUGAGAUGUUCGGCAACCUUCAGGCGAACAUCGGCGAGCUUGGAGCGAAGAUCGACGAGAGUAAGGUCGCAGAGAGUGACCUGCAGAAGGCCGUGGCGGCAGCACAGGCCGGUGUGGAGGCUGCCGACACCCGUGCGUCGGCGCUAGAGGAGCUCCUGGCGCAGGAGAGCACGCGCGCCAGCACCGCGGAGGAGUCGCUGACUCGCACCGCCGAGGGGCUUGCCGCGCAGCAGGCGAAACAGGGUGGGGAGCAACUGGCCAUGGCCGAGAAGCUCAAGGAGCUCACCCAAGAGAUGGCCGGCAAGUUCCAGUCGCAGCAAGAGGCAGCAGAGGCCCACCAGGCCAAGCUCGAAGCUCGCCUGGACAGUGAGCAGAAGGCCGCGCAGGAUGCGCAAGACAAGCUGAAGGAGGCGAUCGAGGAAGCGCGCAAAGCUGGCGAGGAUCUUGAGGCAGAGUCGAACGCAGUUCGCGAGGUGCGCAAGGACCUAACCAAGAUGACCAAAGGCCAAUGUGAGUUUCUUGGGAACAUCACCCUGUUCCUGGGCGAAGCGCAGGCAGCGAACGCCGAGGAUGCAGUGCGCCAGACCCGCGCCAUGGAUGAGCUCCGCAAGCAGCUGCAGACUUCGGAUGAGGAGUGCAAGAAGGCCCUCGCGACGCAGGAGGAGCGCGCGCAGGCCAAGGAGAGGGAGCUGCAGGUGGAAGCUGUGCAGAAGAUGUCGGAGCAAGCCCAGUCUGAGGCAGCCGUCGCUCGGGAGUCCAUCGCACAAGCUGCCGCCACGGCUGAGGCCGAGAAGAAGGCCGCCGGCCAGAGCCUAGAGGAGGAGCUGGCAAAGCUCCGCAAGACCUCCGAGGAGGCGCUGGCGCAGGAGGCCGGGCGGGCGCAGGCGGCCGAAAAGGCACUCCAGGACAGCCUUGACGAUGCUCAGAAGGCCAGUUCGGCGCUAGCUGAGAAGGUGCAGGAGGCCCAGACGAAGGCGGAGCAGGCAGAAGCCGAGGCAGCCAUAGCCCAGGAAUCGGUCUCGCACGCCGCAGCCUCCUCCGAAGCAGAGAAGAAGGCAGCAGACAAGAGCCUGGAGGAGGAGCUCGCGAAGCUGCGGAAGGAGUCCGAGGAGGAGUUCGGCAAGCUGCGGGAACAGCUCCAGAAGGUCGAGCAGACGGAGAAAGAGGCAUCAGCCGCUGCCACCGAGAAGGAGGCGGACCUGAAGAAGGAGAAAGACAAGGAGCUGGAGCAGCAGAAGGCCGACCUGGAGGAUCUCCGCAAGCGCCUGGCAGAUGCCGAAGCCAGCGGCGAGACGCUGAAGAAGGAAGCCUCGGAGUCCCAAGAGCUGCGGCAGAAGGCGCAGGAAGAGCAGGACAAGGCGUUGCAGGAAAUGCGCCAGAGGCUCGAGGAGCUCGGUGGGCUCAGCGAGGCGGCGGCCAAGGGCGAAGAGGCGGCGAACCGAUGCCGCGAGGAAGUGGAUGCGCUUCAGAGCAAGCUGGCGGAAGAGGUUGGUGCAGUUCGCCUCCGCAUGGAUGGCGGCUUUCGGGCACUGCUGCAGCGUUCCGAGGCCGAGAAGUGGCUGCGUGAAAACGUGGACACGGUGGCGGACGGUGUGUCCAACGCUUUCCUUCGCUUGCUGGACAAGUCCUCGGAGAAGCUUAAGGCCUUGGCUUAG